AGGUCCCUUUAAAUCAACGUAAUCUACGCUCAUGGUUGAUGAUCAAGCAAAGCAAAUGCCAUUAUACUCAAUUAAACUGUUAUCGUUAUCAGCAGCAUCAGUGCAGUGGAAUAAAUUGUAAGAAACCCGUUCAAAAAGGUUUAGAAUUUUAGUAAACGGAUAAUGUUUGUUUUUUUUAUCACAACUGGUUGAGUGCUAUUUAAAAUACUUUAACCAGUGGUUAAUACUCUUCGUUUAUUUUAAUACAAAAGACCGAAAAAAGUGAAAUUGUAAAAUGGCAGCUCUACCACGCCGAAUAAUAAAAGAAACUCAACGUUUACUACAAGAGCCGGUUCCUGGAAUAAGUGCAGUACCAGAUGAAAGUAAUGCUCGUUAUUUUCAUGUUAUUGUAACUGGUCCUGAAGAUUCCCCAUUCGAAGGAGGCCUAUUUAAAUUAGAACUUUUUCUUCCUGAAGACUAUCCAAUGUCUGCACCUAAAGUUAGAUUUAUUACAAAAAUAUAUCAUCCAAAUAUUGAUAGAUUGGGAAGAAUUUGUUUAGAUAUAUUAAAAGAUAAGUGGAGUCCCGCUUUACAAAUUCGUACUGUGCUCUUAUCAAUUCAGGCUUUACUUAGUGCCCCUAAUCCAGAUGAUCCUUUGGCAAAUGAUGUUGCUGAAUUGUGGAAAGUAAAUGAAGUAGAAGCUAUUCGCAAUGCUAAAGAAUGGACCCGCACCUAUGCAAUGGACAACUAAUUUAAUUUGCAGUUCUCCAAGUGUAAGAUUUGUUCCAUUUGUUUUAUUGUGAUUACUUUUUUAAAUACCAUCAAAUACCUAAGUAAAAAGAAGUAAAUGAUAAUAUAUA